GUGGUCACAGGUGGACAGUAUGAUGUUGAUAUGACAUUGGAGGCACCUAAUAAAGCUUUCCUGCACAAAGUUGCUCGCAAGCAGUAUGACUCCUUCUCAUGGCAAGCCACGAUUCGAGGCACUUACACUGUGUGCUUCAGCAAUGAAAUGUCUACUUUUACACAUAAAGUAGUAUAUAUGGAUUUCAUUGUGGGAGAUGAACCAACCAUAAUUCCAGGCAAAUCACCUCAUAUUGCUACAGCAAUGACACAGAUGGAGGUUUCAUCAGCUACAGUGCACGAAUCAUUGAAGGUGGUGAUAGACUACCAGACACAUCACAGAUUGCGAGAAGCUCAGGGCAGAAGGCGAGCGGAAGGUCUCAAUGACAGAGUGAUGUGGUGGUCUAUUGGAGUUACUGUCGUCAUUGUUGUUGUUAUGGUGGGUCAAGUGUUACUACUAAGAAGCUUUUUUAGUGAGAAGCAUGCACAUCAUCUUUACCAGCAGACGUGAGUGGUUGAGUGCCUCAGAGCACGUGUUCCUGUUUUCAUGCAACAAUUUGCCAUUUUACUUUUCACCACCUCCAAAUAGCUAUUCUGGCACAUAUUUGUACAUACUCUAUUCAUGGUCAUCCAUGAGGAAAUUGAACCCCCUUGGAUAUUUCUGUAAGGUGCUUGACAGACAUCACAUUGGCAAGACACGAGGCAUCAUGCAUAGGAAACGUUUCUGUCUUUAAUGACCCGUGAGUUAAAAGGUGAUUGUGCUAAAAAGCAAAUGUAUUAGUGGGGUGAACAUUACAUUCUAACCUUGGUACAAAGGAUGCACUGUUCAAUGUCUAUCAAGAACGGGGCAUAUUUGAAAAGAACAACAAAUUUAGGAAAUGAAAGCUUAAUGGAAUUUCUCAUUUUUCAUAAAACCAUUCCUUUGGUGAAACGAGAAUUUUUCCUGUCUAGUUAAUUGCUCCCAUUAAGUCAGUAGUAGUUGGCUAUAUUUAAGGCUUAGUGUUUGAUACCAGAUUUCCGCCAUCGUGCGAUAGCUCUUUAUUCACACACUUGUAUAAUUAGGAUGAUAAUAGCAUCACAUUUGAGCUUAUGAGCAAAGGCAGUGCCUUUUAUGCAACAGGUGCUAGGACCAUGACCAGUCGUUUGUUUUGCACAUAUAAACAGCGUGUAGCCAUUCAUGGUGUGAAACCUAUUGAAGAAAUAGCAUGUUGGGUCAAUAAAAGUAAACUGCUCAGCAAGUGUAUUGGCAAAUUAAGCAGUUUUUCAGUGAUUAACCCAAGUUGGUGUAAGCCAAAUCUUGAGACUUUUUCAUUAUAGUAACCCACCCUAGCAAUGCAAGAGUAGGUAUAAGUAGGUCGACCAAGAGUAAGCAUCAUGACAGUUGUAUACACGCAUAAAAAUGAUAAACAAAUAAGUUUGUUUUUUUGUUUUUAUUGUGAUUUGUGCUAGGUCACUUGGGUUUUGGCAAAUACAAAAUUCCUUUAUUAAGGGUAACAUACUCUUUAGCUAUAACAACAAAUAGAAUGUGAGAGAAUAUUAAAACUUAACACUAGGCAGCAUGUGGAACCAUAGCUUACUGCUGUUCUGAAAGUAUUAUGGUUCUGUCAUAUAAAGCUGCCCAGCCAAGUAUUAGAUUUUGCAUAUUGUUGACAUAGUUCUCUCACACAUAAAGUACAAGUGGAACCUGUGUCUAAACUUUGUUUUGUUACUUGCAUUUUUACUCUCACUUGGGAGUGCUAUAGUACACAAUGAAAUAUGUGCAAUGCAUUUCAAUGAGUGUACAUGUCAAAGAAAGGUUUUGAAAUAUGUCUUCAGUUUCGCAUAUAUCCUCGUGUUAUCUACACAGCGACUUAGUUUAUCUAAGAACAAGAUGUGAAUAAUCAAUAGUUAAUGAAGAAAUACUGAUUGUAAGUAACCAAGAAGUAACAAUAGGAUUACAUAGAAUUUUUGUAACCAAGUUUUACAGGUAAUAAAUGGUAUUAACACGUGUAAAAUA